AUGAGCACUGCAAAAUCAGAUCUUAGCAAGAGCACCACAAAAUCACAAGAUGAAGAUGUGGAGGAAGAACCUUCCACACAACCUACAAGUAUUCAGGUCCUCCAAGAUCCCAAGAGUAGUGCACAUGAAGAAGCUAAGGAACCAGUUCUGUUAGAAACAGAGGAAAUGAUCCCACAGGUGAAAAAGAGAACAUACAUUUCCUGUCCUCCACAAGGACCAUUGAAUAAAAUAAUUACAGACGGAAUUAUAUUCAUUUUGAUAUGGGGUAUAUUGUGGACACUCUCAGGCCAUGAAGUACUUCCUGGUGGAAAUUUAUUUGCACUGCUAGUUAUUUUUUGUAGUGCGUUUCUUGGGGGCAAACUUUUGCAACUCAUUAAAAUACCUACAGUUCCUCCACUCCCCCCUCUUCUUGGGAUGUUACUGGCUGGCUUUCUCAUCAGGAACAUUCCUUACAUCAGUACCUACGUCCAUGUUCAAGCCACGUGGUCUUCAACUUUACGAAUCACGGCCCUUACCAUUAUCUUAAUGAGAGCUGGGCUCGGACUCGAUCCAGAGGUUUUGAAGAAUUUGAAGACAGUUUGUUUAAGGUUGUCUUUCGGUCCAUGCAUCACAGAGGCAUGUUCAGCUGCUAUUUUUUCCCACUUCAUUUUGAAAUUUCCUUGGAAAUGGGGAUUUCUAUUAGGUUUCAUACUAGGUGCCGUCUCCCCUGCAGUGGUGGUCCCUUCCAUGCUGUUUUUGCAGGAAUCUGGGUAUGGAGUAGAGAAGGGUAUCCCUACCUUGCUUGUAGCUGCCAGCAGCAUGGAUGACAUCGUAGCCAUCACUGGAUUCAACGUAUUCUUGAGCUUAGUCUUCUCCACAGGUGCUGUCAUUCAUAAUCUCCUAGCAUCUCUUAAGGAAAUACUUUUUGGUGUGCUGACAGGAGUCGUUUUGGGUUAUUUUACUCACUAUUUUCCAAGUACAGAUCAGGAAAAACUUCCAAAGAGGAGAGCAUUCCUCAUGAUGAGCAUGUGUAUUUUUGCGGUCCUAGGCAGCCAACGUAUUGGUUUACAUGGAUCUGGAGGACUAUGCACACUAGUGUUAACUUUCAUAGCAGGGAAAAGAUGGUCAAAAGAUAAGGUUGAAGUCCAGAAAAUUAUUGCAAAAGCAUGGAAUAUUUUUCAACCGCUUCUUUUUGGUUUAGUUGGAUCAGAAGUAUCUGUUUCAUCUCUUGAAUCAAAUACUAUUGGCAUUAGUGUUAUUACGCUGUCUUUGGCAUUAUGCGUUCGAAUUAUAACUGCAUUUCUAUUGAUGUCUUUUGCUGGUUUUACUUAUAAGGAGAAAAUAUUUAUUGCUUUAGCAUGGAUACCCAAAGCAACAGUCCAGGCUGUAUUAGGUCCUCUGGCUAUGGAAACAGCAAGACUUAACUCUCUACCCGAGUUGGAAGUAUAUGCAAAAAAUGUGAUGACAAUAGCGUUCUUAGCCAUACUGAUCACAGCUCCAAAUGGAGCUCUAUUUAUUGGCAUACUGGGGCCCAAAGUACUCACCCAUAAUGAGCCAAGCAAACUGCACAUAACGCUGUCAGAACUUUAA